UUUAACCGAUUCAAUGCGGUGGACUAUUUGACAAACUUUCAUGCCUGGCUACGAACAAAUGUUUCGUGGCUCCUCUGGGGCGCCCAACGCCAGGCACUUUGAUGGCUCCCCUAAGGCGCCUUCCGCCAUGUAUUGUAAUGUAUCGCUUUUUUUGUUGUUUCCACUUGCUGUAAGUUUAGUCGCCAACCAAAAUCGAACGUAAGCGGUUUUAUUGUUCGUUUAGUGUAUAAAAAAGUGAUUAUCUACGUGUAUUAAUGGAAAUGGAAGAAUUACCAAAAAAAAGAAAAUAUAUCCCAGAAUCACAACUGGAAACGCAAUGUGACACUGACUACGAGUUUGUCGAACAGGCUUAUUUAGAACAAAAUUCCCAGACUUAUGAUGACUGGGAACCUGGUCAAGAAAAUGAAGAUGAAAUAAAUUCUGCGGCGGAAGGUACAAAAAAACCUACGAAAGAUUGUGCAACGUACACAGAAAUAUCCACCAAAGAUAUUUCAACGUUUACUGAAAAUAUAAUGGUAGAAGAUAAAGAACAAUUUACGAGUACAACCGUCGUGGAUAUUCACGCCUGUAAAUAUUUUGGGAAAUUCGUAUCUAACGAGUUACUACGUUUUAGUAUUAAUGAGAGAUAUAUUAUAAUGCAAAAAAUUAUAGAAACGCUAAAAAAAUAAUUUUAUUAAUAAACCAUAAGUUUUAAAUGAAAAGAGUUUUAGAUGAAGAGAGAGAGGCGAGUUAAAUGAAAAGCAUCGGUUUUACAUAAUAUUAAGGUUUAUUUAUUAACAUUGUGCAAUAAUAUUACAUAAUUGUACUUAUUUAUAAGGUAGAUUUUUACUAUAAUCAUUAAAAAGACUGAUUUAGUAAUUACUAAUGAGAAUUGUUUGUUAUAAGUAUUUAAAAAUCUUCAAUUAAACAAAUUAUAACAUA